AUGGGAAAACCGAUGCUAGGUACAAUUAAUGAACUUGCAACAAAGUACAAAGUGUGUAGAAAAACAAUCAUGAGAUUAUGGAUAGAAGUUCAAAAGCAAAAGGAAAACAUCAACACAACGAUCAACCUCAACAACAAGAGGGUUGGGAGACAAGCACCCAACAAAAUUGAAUUUGAUGAGGAUAAGUUCAAGUCCAUCGAAUUUGAACUAAAAGGCACUCAACAUUUAGUGCCAAAGCAAAUGGUAGUAUCACAAUCAAUAGUGUCUAGGUGGAAGAAGGACAAAAUAGGGAUAUGGCCUUUUAUUACUCAAGAGCCUGCGAAAAGGAGCUCAAAGAACAGAAAUGAGGGUGGGGAUAAUGCAAAGCCGCACAUAGCACACAAUGACAAUGAGUUUAUGGAGGAGGCACUGAAAGAUGAUUUUUUUAUACAACUUGUACAACAACCACCAAAUUCUCCUGACAUGAAUGUACUAGACCUAGGUUUUUUUAGGUCAAUUCAGGCUUUGCAAUAUCAAAAAGCAACCUACAAUGUACCACAAUUACUAAGUGCUGUGAAUAAUGCAUUUGACAAUUUAAGUCCACAAUGUUUAAGAUUUGUUUUCAUAACACUACAAGCAUGCAUGAUUGAGACCAUGAAAAGGCAAGAGGUUACCAGCAAGACAACAUCACCAUCACAGCAAGCCAAAACAAUGAACAAUAGAACCACCAGCAAGAAAACAUCACCAUCACAGCAAGCCAAAAAAAUGAACAAUAGAACAACCAGCAAGACAACAUCACCAUCACAGCAAGCCAAAACACUGAACAACAUAACCAACAACAAGAUUGAGGCACAACAGCAAAACAGAACAGGUUGCACAAACAUCAACAACAACCUCAGUCAACAUAAUUUUGGGAAGAAUAGAACAGGAAGCACAAACAUGAACAACAACCUCAGUCAAUAUAAUUUUGGAAAGCACAAAACAGGAAGCACAAACCCAACACAACAGCUUGAACAACAAGAACGAACACCAACCACUUACCAUGUGAAGCUUAACAAUCAUGCAUUUUUUGGACAAUUUUUGAGUUCUUGA